AUAAGGGAACCGCGGGUUUGAAGGAAGCUCCUUACCCCAUUUCACCGGGAUACUGAGCAUCAUUUCGGUCUCUUAUCGCUUCGACUCGCCUGAUAUUUCUGUGAUAUUAUCUAAUAUGUGAUAUUUCGGUCCGGCAUGUGACACGGGAAUAUUCCAGCAUCCGCGAGUGAGGAUGGCAGGACGGAGCGGUGGCCUUUCGGAUCGCAGCUCAAAUGCCGCUUUGUUCGCCGUGCAGACGUGGAUUGAUAUUUCAUUCAUGUGCAUCUGAAUUGACCCCGGAAAAAAAGCCCGACAGAGCACCGAGUCCUCAUACUGGAGUGUUUUUUCGGAGAUGAAUCCUGGUCAGAUGUCUGCGGUGUUGGUGCUCAUGUUGGCCCAGCUGUGCUCUACAUCUCUGGCUUGUCCUUCUGGGUGUCGCUGCUAUAGUUUGACUGUCGAAUGCGGAUCCAUCGGAAUCAAAGAGAUCCCACAAGGCAUCACACAAGGGACGCAGACCAUCUUUCUGCAGGACAAUGCCAUCGGUCAGAUCCGCCAGCGGGACCUGUCUGACCUGGGCCAGCUGCACUACCUCUACCUGCAGAACAACAGCAUCAGCACGCUGGAGCCCGGGGCCUUCAGGAGCCUCGGUCUGCUUCUGGAGCUGGCUCUCAACGGAAACCGCAUUCACCUGAUCACGGCGGACGUGUUCCGGGGCCUCGAGCACCUGCGCAUCCUGUACCUCGCAGGAAACCAGAUCAACAGACUGGAGGAUUACACCUUCCGCGGACUGCAGCGGCUGCAGGAGCUUCAUCUGCAGGAGAAUGUGCUGGAGGUGCUGGGAGAUCAGGCUCUGGUGGGACUGUCCUCGCUGGCUCUUCUGGACCUGAGCCGAAAUAACCUGAGAACUCUGAGUCCUGCUUCACUGAAGCCUCUGGUCAGCCUGCAGGUGCUGAGAGUCACCGAUAACCCAUGGCGCUGCGACUGCGCUCUACACUGGCUGCGUGGCUGGAUAAACGAAGAAGGUCAGAGGCUGUUAAGCUCAGCUGAGCGCCGGAUGUUGUGCGCCGAACCUCCUCGGCUUUCCCACCUCAGUCUGGUCGAAGUUCCUCCAAACAGCCUUGUUUGCAUCCCACCCGUAGUCCAACUAGAACCCAGCCAUUUGACAGUACGUUUAGGGGAGAGUCUCCGCGUGUCCUGCCAAGCGUCCGGAUAUCCACAACCACAAGUCACUUGGAGGAAAGCAUCUCACGGAAAAGCCCAGCUGUCUCCCAGAGGUCUGGUGCAGGAGGUCGGGAUGGAUGGUGACACAAGAAAUGGUGGUAGAUUGGUAACAGCGAGGCCUGGAGGAAAAGGAGGACCAUCGAGUCACGGACCAAUCAGAGGAGGAGCUGAUGACGGAGCCGAUCGGGAAAAUUUCGAUCCUGAUACAGGAAGUGGAAUGCUGUUUCUUAGUAAUGUCACAGUGGCACAUGCAGGACGCUACGAAUGUGAAGCGUGGAAUCCCGGUGGUGUUGCACGUGUAACUUUUCAUCUUUCAGUAAACAUGUCUUCAUCUUCAUCCCGCUCGGAAAUCUGGCCUCGACUGCAUUCCUCAUCUUACUAUCAUCCAUCAUCAGUGGAUGUGAGUCAGGAACCGCUGUAUGAGCUUGAAAGCAUGGACUUUAAUGCACUGGGCACCGCUACGCAGACGGCCAUCGCAGUGGGAAUCUCUUUGCUGGCGUUGACUGCGCUUCUGCUGCUCUGCAUGAUCUACAGCCGACACCGACAGAGGCAGAAAGAGGAGGACGGAUAUGGAUCUAGCAAAGAGGAAAGCAUCCUUUAUGUCAACGACUACUCUGAUGGUCCGACUACAUUUGCUCAGCUUGAAGAGUACCGGGAUGAACGAGGUCAUGAGAUGUACGUGUUAAACCGUGCCAAACCGGUUCUGGCUCCGCAACCAAUGUGCAUCCAACAGGGAUCUGCAACGCUUAAGGCCAGCGAGUGUCAGGGUGUGUUGACCCCAGGACGAGCCGGAGGGAUCGGACUCCGCAGGGCUCCUGCAGAAGGUGGAGAAGCACCUCCGCUUGAUCCCGAAGGGCUGUUCAUGAACCAGAGUUUGCUGUUUGAUACGCAGAUUGCUUAUGAGAUCCACUGCUAAUUUCUCGACGUUGGAUACUAUCCUGCUGAAUUCUUAUUUUAUUCAGAGAGCACAAAUGUUUUGUUUGUUUGAAAUGAAAUAGGGGAAUAACACUAUAAAGCUGCGGUGUGCAAUUUGAGUGCAAUCAAAUAGACUUGCCAAAAUAUUGGCUGAUUUUCAACAUUUCCGCUGUUAGCCAGUUGCACCACUGAGUCAUUGUUACUCUUUAAAAAAUAAAGGUUCUUUUUUGACAUUGAUGGACCCAUAAAGAACCUUUCAUUUUAAAGGGUACAUGUCGAGCUCUUCAAAUGUACAAUAAAAUAUCAUUGUUAACUUCUCUUUAGGGAACCAAGCUGCAAAUGUCUAUUAUAAUCAUCUCGGCACAUGAAACUGAAUUGCACACAGCAGCUUACAAGGAAUAGUUCAUCCAGAAACCUUUUGCACGGUUUUACUUUUCUAUAGAAUCAGAAAUAGAGUCUUUUUGAAUGCCAUGCAAUUCAUUUUAAAAUACUCUAUAUAUUUCAUAUUCAACCAGUUUUAACAGAAGAAAAGCAGCAGCAUAUAGUUUUGCAAAUGUGCCCAUUUUAGGUCAUGUGAGGAACAUUUACUGAUUAUCAGUGAUGGGAAUAAUGGCUCUAUAAAUAAACUGUGUUACUAACGGUGAUACUAUUUUUAGUAACUAGUAAUCAAAUGAAUUACUCCAUUACUUCCGUUACACGCUGUUGCCAUUACUAAAAUGUGAGUUAUUAUAAUUGAAAACACUGAAGUGCUUUUCAUGCGAGCAGCGUUUUUCUCAACCAUUUGACCUCUCUGGCUCUGGGGUGGGUGUGUGUGUUCGGGGCUG